AGGAAGCUACAUGUGAAGACUAUUACUGUAGCCUUUCACAAUCAGCCAAUCAGCCCUCCCCCUGUCCAAGUGGUGUUAAUAACCAGACACAGAGAGGCAGCUACGGAGCAGAUGAAGAUGAAUCCAAGGACCCUCUCUGUGCUCCUGCUGCUAGCUGGGCCGCUGGGGGCGGACCCUGACAGGCACGUGGAGUACCCUGACUCCUUCUGCGUGGUGGAGGGCUCCACCGCCACCAUCCCCUGCAGCUUCACCCACCCCGCGGUGCACAAAGACACCGGCGUGGUGGUGGAGCGGGUGGAGCGGGUGGUCUGGUGCCCCAAUCACCCGAUCUGCCACCUCACCACGCCCAACGUGUACGACAGCAGCAACGUCCGGGCCAACAGCAGGUUCCUGUACCUGGGGGACCUCGUCAGGAACUGCACCUUAAAGAUCAUCAAGACGGUGAAACAGGACGCUGCAACGUACCGCUUCCGCUUCGAGACCAACGGCGGAGGGUACACCGGACUUAAAGGAGUCAGAGUCAAGGUCACUAAUGGAGAGGUUGUGAAGGUCAGAAGCUCCGUCACUGACCAUGUGGUGAAAGAGGGCGGUCAGGUCACACUCACCUGUACCUCAGCCUGCUCCUUCCACCAAUUGGACGUCCACUGGUACAGAAAUGGCCACGCCCUAUCAGAGACAGGCCCCGCCCUCCACCUCAGCUCUCUGACCAAUGACAACACAGGGAAUUACACCUGCUCUCUGGACUCCAGUGGACAGAAAACCUCUGCGCCUUGGAGUCUGGCCGUGUUGGAAGAUGAAGGAAAAUACAAGUCUGACAGUGAUUGGCGCCUGACGGUGUCGGUGGUGUUGAAGGUGCUGUGGGCUGUGUUCCUUCUCCUCCUGGCUGGGCUGGUCUUCACUAAAAGGUCAGCCCCUGGACCGGAACAUGAGAUCGUCUACAGCGAGGUCGUUCACUGAACCAAACUCAAGCAGCGACUCCUCUUCCUCCUCCAGUGAUGACGAGAUAAGGGAACACUGACGUCAUCAUGUCUGUUGUCUGUCACAGACUUAUUGGUUGAGUCGUGUUCUUUUCAGUUUCUAUUUCUGAUUGUAACAUUUCUGAUGAUUUCAGUGUUUAUGCAAUCAUAUCUUUACAGUCUAUGGGUCAUGUAGGUUUACAAUAAGAUCGGUCAUGUUCUUAUCAUCGAUGGUUCCUGUGUUAAAGUGAAGCCAUUUUAAAUGCUGAUAAAGUUAAUGGGGGGCAGAUAAUCCCCCUCACCACUGUGGAGCUAAUAUAAGAAGGGGGAAGUAGAAUUCACUGAAACUCAGCAGGAACUUUGUCUGCUGCCAUGUGUGUCGUUGUCCUCUCUGCUCUGAAUACUAUUAUUAAGAUAGCAGAAGUCACAUAGAAUUGAAUUAAAGUCUUUUUGUUUAGCGUCUGUGUAAAAAUACAGGUAUUAUAGGUGUGCAUCACCCAAUUUAGGCAUAGAAGAAGCUUUUUGGGAAAUGUAUUAGACCUUUCAAGAAGGCUAUUAAACUAUAAAAGUUUAAUUAUUACCUUAUUCUGAGCAUACAGUGUAUUUUCAUUUGGAUACAGCUGUUAAUUAGCCUAAUGAUUUCUCAAUGCAAAUCGGUAUAGUGAAGGGUAUUUGAUGAUGUGGGACUAUUUUCAUUCCAAAGGCUAAGGGAACUUAAUCAGGAUAAAUAUCCUGGAUCCAUGAAAUAAUUGGCUUUUAAAAAAUAAAAUCUUCCUGCCCCUAUGAGAAUUUACGAUAGGGGUGUCUAUACUUAUGCACCAUCUAUUUUAAGGGCAAACAUUUAUUUAUUUACAAUACAUUAUUCAUUCAAAAAGAAAAUUGGUGUCCUUUUUUUGGGGGAUUUUUCAUCAAUGGUUUAAUUAAGGCAUUAAGAUCAAUUUCCAAAAGAUGAUUUUUUAUUCCUCUCUUUAGUCAACUUUAGCAUAGGUGCCUAAAGUUAUGCCUACCACUGUAUGUGUGUAGAUAUAUAAUACACACGCUUAUACAUAUUGUUUUUACUAUUCACUUAUUUACUGCAAUUCAUGAUAUAAAUCAAUAAACUCAGAACAUGUCAGCAGCUUGUCCGCUCUUUCCUCCGUGUUGUCCUAAAGUCUCCACCACGGUUUCCUGAGCUGCAUGAGGAGGCUCCAAUCGCUCAGAGAAAGGAGUACAGAUGUACUCCUCCCCACCGACGCAGGGAGGAGAACCAAACGGUUGGCUCAAACCGGCAGGAGCAAUCUGACUAAUCAAAGAUUACAAUGACAAAAAAACAUGUGAGGGGAUCUUAAUCAAACACAAACAAAGAACACACCAUUGGGAAGCUUAAUGUUUGAUUUAUUAAAAAUAACUAAAGGGAAGUCACUCUGCAGGACAUUUUGAGGCAGACC